AUGAUGAGAGGUGGUGAAUUCGGAGAAGCUUCGUCGUCGUCGUCGUCGUCGUCGACUCUCUCACGUUCUCCUUCUUCUCCUCUGCAAACACCAUGGAAUCACUCUCGGAAUCUCUACCGGAAUCAAAAUCUCUUUCCAGGUGAUCACUCGUCUUCUAGCUCGAGCAGGUUCUGUCUCCGAUCGCCGUCUGAUUACUCGAUUUCGAGCUACUUCUCGAACGGAUUGUGUUCUUCUGAGGAUGGUUCCUCUCAAUUCGCUUCUCCUCCGUUCGAUGGGAUGAUGACGACGAAGCAUUACAACACUAGUGUUGUUUCUGAUGAUUUGGGAAUUUGCGAACGCAUCCAUCGUUUGAACAUCAGAGAAGAUGACGAAGAAGAUGAAGAUAAGACACAUCUCCAACAUUUCACUGGAAAUCAACUGAAAAAUUUGGGGAAUUACGAACCUAAUGAUAAUGGAUUUAGAGCGAAUAAUCAAAUCCCUAGUUUUCAGAGCUAUGGAGAGACUCUCAAUCCAGAGAUUCCUUUCAAUUUUGGUUACAAAUCUGCAGAAAUGUCAUUCAACAAUGCUUCAUCAAACUCUCAUCGGAGAAGCGGUGUUGGGACGUUGUUUGAUCAUCAAGGAAGUAGCAGUGGCAACACUAAUCAUCCGAGUCUUCCUAAGAUAUCUGAGAUCCAGGGAUAUGUUUACUUGAUGGCUAAAGAUCAGCAUGGAUGCAGAUUCUUGCAGAGGAUCUUUGAAGAUGGAACUGCUCUAGAUGCUAUGAUAGUUUUCAAUGAGGUGAUUCCUCAUGUCGUCGAGCUUAUGAUGGAUCCUUUUGGGAAUUACUUGAUGCAGAAACUAUUGGAGUUUUGCAAUGAAGAACAGAGAACACAGAUCAUACUCAUGGUCACUGCAGAACCUGGACUGCUUAUCCGGAUUUCACUCAACGCUUACGGUACUCGAGUUGUCCAGAGAUUAGUGGAGUCAAUCAAAACCAAGAAGCAAAUAUAUCUGGUGAAGUCAGCUUUGAGACCUGGAUUUCUCAAUCUUAUUAGGGAUCUCAAUGGGAAUCAUGUGAUUCAACGUUGCUUGCAAUGCUUUAGUACAGAAGCUAACGAGUUCAUCUUUGAAGAUGCUACAAGGUUCUGCAUUGAUAUCGCGACACAUAGACAUGGAUGUUGUGUGUUACAAAAAUGCAUUGCUUAUUCCACUGGACAACAACGAGAGAAGCUCAUAGCAGGGAUCUCUAGAAGCAGUCUCUUCCUUGCUCAAGACCCUUACGGGAACUAUGCAGUCCAAUUCGUUAUAGAACUGAGGGAUUUUUCUGCGACUGCCAUGGUGCUCGCGCAGCUAAAAGGGCAUUAUGUCGAGCUUUCGAUGCAGAAAUUCAGUAGCCAUUUGGUGGAACGAUGCUUAACACAUUGUCCAGAGAGCCGUCUUCAGAUCGUGCGUGAACUCAUCUCUGUUCCUCAUUUCGAUCUCCUAAUUCAAGAUCCUUAUGCCAAUUUUGUCAUCCAAGCUGCUCUUUCUGUCACCAAGGGUUCACUUCAUGCCGCACUCGUUGAAGUCAUAAGGCCUCACUCGAUUCUACGUAACAAUCCUUAUUGCAAAAGGAUUUUCUCGAGAAACCUCUUGAAGAAUUGA